CAAACGACUAUCAAACCGCACGAGGCGCGACACCGGAACGCCCAGAAAGCGACCGUUGCCAGCCGCAUACGCACUUGCGACGACAGCCUUGUCGAUUGACAAUUCUUGUGACUCGCCAAACGUUAUGCGCUGCGCAGGCGCCGACAAAAGGCGAUCAUAAAAAAGUCGGAUUGAACCAAAACAGGAGAAAAAAAAAAAAGUUUAAAUCCGGUCAGCGGCCGACUCGGCAACACCCCUCCUCGCCCACAACUCGACAUUGGACCGGCGGACCCUUAAUUCCGCCCAGCGCGCGUCCGUGAGCAGCCGCUGCAGCAGCCGCACGCAUGGAUCACGGCGCCGCAGCGUCCAUGAGCCCGACAAGCCCCGUCAGUGCACGGAGUCACGUCGGUGCCAACGGCGGUCCCAAGAGGAAGCGCAGCGUCGGCGGCCUGGCCAGCACCAUAGACAGCAGCCCCGGCAGCCCAGGGCUUGACGAUGAUCAUGGCGAUCACCACGAGAAGAAACGCCAACCGGGCGUGAAACGGGCAUGCAAUGAGUGCCGGCAACAAAAGCUGCGUUGCGAUGUCGUACAAGACCCGUUUCAGGGAUGCACACGUUGUGGGAGGCUCAAGCUAGAGUGCAAGAUUGAAUCCAACUUCAAGCGCGUCGGUAAGCGCAGCAAACACGCCGAGAUGGAGAAGGAGAUUGAUAUGCUGCGGCGCGCCGUACAACGAGCGCGAACUGCCGGCUUCAUCGACGAGGACGACAGCAUGCACUCGCAACUCCAGUCACCCAUCGUAAACAACGUCUAUUCGCAUACGCGCAACCCCUCGUUGAUGGGCUCUGAGGAAGCCGUAUCGUCUCUGCUGCACCUGAAAAGGGGCUACACGAUACCUAGAAUCGUUCGCAGUCUUGACGAGGUCCAACUCACCGAGGAUGCGGAAGCCCAGCUUUUCGAUAUCUUCUUCCGCCACUACCAUCCCACACUCCCGUUUCUCAACCCACAAAUGACGCCAGAGGCUUACUACCAACAACAUACCUUGCUCUACUGGGUCAUUGUGGCUGUAGCCUCCAGACGAUAUCCAGCAGAUCCUACGCUGCUAGGAAACAUCUCACGCCCGUUGACCCAAUUACUUUGGUCGACCAUAGGAGAGGUGCCAGGCAACUACUGUAUUGUCAAAGCGCUUUGUAUUCUUUGCACAUGGCCAUUGCCAACAAGCACCAGCUCUGCGGAUCCAACACAUAUCCUCUGCGGCGUCAUGAUGAAGAUUGCAACAGGAAUAGGACUGCAUCGACCAAUGCACAUCAACGACUUCUCCAGAGUUCAGAUAGAGCUGAACAAGGAGCAACUCCAUGACCGUGUCACCACCUGGGCUGUUUGCAACAUUGUGGCACAAACAAUAGGCACUGGUUACGGUCAGCCCGCCUCAACACUAUACGACUGGACCCUUGCUGUCCGUCCUGGUGAUAAUGGCCCAUUCCAGUUAUCUGCCGAGCUAGAAGCCAGACUGCAGAUCGAGCGCUUCUGCGACAAGGUUUCCAAGGAGAUGUACAGCAAUGCCAGUGAUCCUCGAGGCGUCGCUGGAGACGAGCACCGUGCAAUCCUCAUGCGCGUCUUCCGUCGCGAGUACAGCGAACUCAAUGCCAACAUUUUGUCGCGAGACCUGAGCCCGGUCGUCAACUUGCACUUAAAGGCAGCAGGUCUCCACCUACGCCUCGCGGCAUUUUUCGAUUCCAGCAAAACCCCAACCUAUGUCGAUGACUUGAAAGAGCUCUUCCGUGCGACCACCAGUUUCUUAGAUGCAGUUCUGGAGGGUGACUACGAAACAAACCCCCAGGAGCAAGGCGGAAACGAUACUUUGAAAUACGCGACGAAUUACAUUCAGCAGAUGCUUGUUGCCACUGGUUUCGUACUUCUCAAGCUGAUGCGGUCUUUUUUUGCAAAGAUCAUAGACUUUGAGCGCGGCCGGCUUCUUUUCCAUCGCACCUCACAGGCCAUCCGGGCUACAAGCGUCAACAGGAAUGAUCUCAGCUGGAGGCUAGCUGAGCUGAUGGUACAGAUGUGGAAUGGCGCUCGGGUAGACCCUACUUAUAUGGAGAGUGGCAUGAUUGAUGACAGCUUACAACUCAAGGUUCGUUGCAGACAUAGCAUGAGCCUUGUUUUUGACUCGAUCUGGGCAUGGAGGGAGGAUUACGAAGCCAGGGGACGUGGUUCUUUGGAUGCCCUCAAGAAUCCUACGAACCCGGACUCGGCGAACGAAUCUUCGGCAUCUUCGACCCAUUUGGACACCACUUUGAUGCCACCCUCCCAUGGACUUACAGCUAGCUUGAUUGAGCCAGCGCCAGCGCCAGCACCCGUCAACAAUGGUGGUUUGACACCAUUGGGCGCAUCUGGGCUCUCUGGAAACAGCAACAAUGGAGGCGCCCAGAGUAGCGCAUCCCUUCUGACUACUCUGGGCGGUUAUGAUGCAAACGCAACAGCCUAUGACUUUUUUGAUCCCCAACACUGGAUGCUCGAUAACCUGGUCGACUUUGGCUACUCAUUCGGCGGCGUUCAGGCGCUCGAAACCUAAUCACUAACAAUAAUUGAAGCGGACUUACCAGCUGUGGUCCGCCUACUUGACCCGUACGACCACCGAUACAGUUUGCCAAAGUGUACGCAAUAUACCAAUUCGAUUUCUCAGUACUAGUAGCAUAUUAGCUUACUGCAUUGCUUUUCUUCCUUGUACGCUGUUAUAAAGGGGCCUUUGUGUCCGUUACUUUUCUUUCUCUAGGGGAGGCAACCAUGAAAAUGACGAUGAAAAGUUUAAUGGCUUGCGCACCAUAUACCCAUAACCUUGCACGCCUUUUUUAUUCCUUCAGUGUCUGGAAGAUUUGGGGAUGACUCCUGGGCUUAUAUUAUACUACGCAUGCCUGGUAGUAAGUACAGUUCGGUGAGCUGCAUAUAUACAAAUACAUUCUUAUUA